AUGACGUACGAUGUGGCCGUUGAUGGCGACGGGUUUGGUCUGGCCGAAGCCAUGGAUCUCGCUGAGGCCGAGGACACGGUGAACCUCCAAGACGGGACCUACGAACAAGCCCUGGAAAAUGUGAGGGACGGGGAAUCCGGCAACCCGAUCACCGUGGUCGGCGGGCCGGGGGCGAUCAUCAAGGCUCAGAAUAGCGCCGGUCAUUCAGUGUUCGUUGGGCACAGCUUCAUCGAGCUCAAGGUCGCCGAGGUUGAGUGA